ACCGGACAUUGUGCCCGUCAGCGGCACCGGGCUCAGAUUUUCCUCUGCCGCUUCACUGCACUCCCAUUCACAGGAGACGUUUCCAGCCAACCACAAGUAUAACGUUAGCACACCAUGGCAGAGCACGAGCCCACACCAGAGGAGCUGGCAGCGAUCGCAGCAGCCAAUGAUGAGAGCGACUCUUCUGUCAACUACAAAGCCCCCGCCCAGAAGAGCUUGAAGGAGAUCCAGGAGCUGGACCAAGAUGACGAGAGCCUGCGCAAGUAUAAGGAGGCGCUGCUGGGAAACGCGGCUGCUGUAGUCGUUGAUCCCACUGUCCCCAACGUCCAGGUGACGAAGAUGGUUCUGGUGUGCGAAACGGCUCCAAACAAUCUGGUCCUCGAUCUGACUGGGGACCUGGAAAGCUUCAGGAAGAACCCGUUUCCGAUGAAGGAGGGAGUUGAGUACAGAAUAAAGAUCUGCUUCAAGGUCAACAAAGAGAUCGUGUCAGGCCUGAAGUACAUGCAACAAACUUUCAGGAAAGGAGUUAAAGUUGACAAGUCUGAUUACAUGGUGGGCAGCUACGGCCCCAGACCAAGCGAGGAGUACGAGUUCCUCACCACAAUGGAGGAAGCCCCAAAAGGGAUGCUGGCCCGCGGCACCUACCAUAUCAAGUCCAAGUUCACCGAUGACGACAAAAACGACCACCUGUCUUGGGAAUGGAGCCUCGCUAUCAAGAAAGAUUGGAAGGACUGAUUUUUUAUUUUUUUUUUUUUCCCCCUUCCCACACUCGCUCGCUGGUCCACCAAUGUCUUCCUCUGCUUUGUUUCCGCUUUUCUUUUUUUCUUGCCAUCAUUCCCACCUCCCCCUGGAUAUUGGAUUGUUUCAGUCUUUUGCUCUCUCCGUCCAUCAGCUUGCUCACUCCUCUCCUGCUGUUCCAUCUAUUUUCUAUUUCUUCUAAAUUCCAAUCACUUCAUCAUUCCUCCCAUAGCAACGCUGAUUGAUUUGUUUGCACCAGCCUUUAUUACAAGAAUGACAUCUUUUAAAAAAAACAGAGAAAGUAAAGGGUGUACACUAUCCAGAUUUUUGGUUACAGUUUGUUUAUAAAAAAGGAAAGAAAAAAAAAAGCAUCUGUUAACAAGCAAAUUUGAUUUCUCUCCAUCACCUUUUUCCUUCCUUUCUUUUCUCUCUUUUUCACAUUGUUUUGUACGAUUACCACGAUCUGCCUUGGAAAGAAUUGUACAGGAAGCUAAAGUGCUGCGUGCACACGGUCACUGUACGGUCACUGAGCAGUAAUUGCUGGACACAAAUCUUGGACACAGCCCGCCUAAAGCCUUUGAGCAGAUUAUUUGUAGUUGGGUCUUGUUAAAUUAUUUGGAAUUUGGGCCACUUCUUUUUUCCAAAUAGUCGAACAGCCAGCAAAUUCUGCUGAGAGAAGAGGGAAAGCAGUUACCUCUAACCCCCUUGCAUUCCCUCGCUUUAGCUGUGGCUGUUUUUUCUUUGAUUUUUCCUGAUCAGGGUAUUUUGGCAGGUUUGUUUUGUUUUGUUUUUUAGCAGCCGUGUGGCCUUAACAAGUAAAUAAAAAAAUAGACAGCCUAGUUGAGCCAGUUGCCUUCUUACUAUUAAAUAUUAUAUUUGCCAGACCA